CAUUCAUUCACUCAUUUGCUUGCUAAAAAAGGUGCAGAAACGGGAAUUGUUGGCAAAUUUGUUGAGAUAAAUACGUGUUAAAGAUUUGGCUCCCUGAUAUCUGGUAUUCUACUCAUUUUAAGCUAUUUAAAAUCUUGAAUUGUGAAUUUGGAUGAAACGUGAGUGAAGUGUUUACAUUGUGAAAUUUCAAUAAAUUUAAGUUGCCGUGAGAUAUACUAAGAGACAAUGGCUCACAGAUCAUAAUAUCUAAGCAGUAUUAUGGCAUCUGGAACAUCAUCGUUAGAAAGCAAUGGAAGUAAUGAGUCUAUAUCUAACAGUUAUGUAAACAAUGAACGACAUAAUCCUAGUCAGAUACAGAGUAUCCCCCACCAGAUAGACUAUGAGGUGCUCACUGCCAACCAGUGCUAUGAGAAGCAGAACUACACGGUUAAGGGCCACGGCCACAGUAUGAGCGGUACUUAUGAACCACUGCAGUAUGAUGUCAUUAACAAGCAGACCAAUGAAAGCCUAAAACAGCAAUGCGAGAAAGCACUCCAUGACUUAAAUCAGUUAAGGCGGCAGCAUACGGAGACUUCAAGAAGAUGUGAGCAUGUUAUGAAGGAGUUGGAAUAUUUCCGUGGUCAGCACAGAGCAGCUAUGAAUCAGCUUGAGGUGUCUGCUCAGGAGGCCAGCAGUCUGCGCAGCAAGUAUGGAGAUCUGCUAAAUGACAAUCAGCGUCUGGAGCGAGAGGUGCAACAUCUACAACAAAGCGGCAACCCUGAGGGCAGCUCCGAUGCUCUUGUACACACACUCAGGAAGUAUGAAUCACUCAAAGAAGAGUUUGAUUGUUUCCAGAAAAGAUAUGACGACUUGAUAGAGACUCAUAACACGACGCUGGAGAAGCUGCGUAGUGUGCAAGAUGAGAACAGCCGUCUGAAGACCCAGUGCCAUGAUCUCACACAGGAGAGGAAUGCUGUGAUCCGUGAGCGCAAUGCUCUGAAGCAGCAGGUGGCGAGUGUGGUGCGCCAGUGGGAGGGCGGAGUUCGCGAGCGUGCUGACAUCAAGCGCCUCACUGACGAGCGCAAUGCUGCCAUGGCUGAGUAUACACUCAUCAUGAGCGAGAGGGACACGGUGCACAAGGAGAUGGAGAAGCUGUCAGAUGACCUGCAGGCUGCGCUGAAGCGAGUGGCGGCGCUGGAGGCUGCGCUGCAGGCCAGCAGGGACGAGCAGCGCGCCACCGCCCUCCAGGCGGAGAGCUUGCGGCGAGAGAUAGAGUCUGCGCUGGUGGACCGCGAUCGCGCCAUCAAAGAGUGCACAGACCUCAAGACGCCGCAGAACACCGCCACCCUCGCCAAGUCCAGACAAGACAAUUCUGGCUAUCAUCACUUAGGUCUGGCGAGCGGCGGCAACGACGCCUUUCUCAACGGACAGCAUCCCAAUGAUCCUUCCUUAGAUAAACUACAAGGUCUGGUGGGUCUGUCAGCGGAGGCGGCGGACAAGGAGCGAGUGGAUAACCUGGAGCAGGCCAACCAGGAGCUGGAGCGUCUGCGCAAACAACUUGACCGCCUGCAGGCUGAGCUGGCUGAUGCUCAGAGAGAGGCGGAGGUAUCAAAACGUAGAAGAGACUGGGCGUUUGCAGAAAGGGAUAAAUUGUUACAAGAAAGAGAAAGUGUUAAAGCUCUCUGCAAUAGACUGAGAAAGGAACGCGACCAGAUGGUGGGCGAGUUGGCGGAUGCUCGCCGACACGGUAACAAGAAGGGCACAGAGAGUAAGGAGGGCAAAGCGCUCAGGGCGAAGGGACACGACGACAAGACCCGCCUGCCGCCCAACAGGGACUCUGCAGUAGACGCAGAUGUUCAGGAUUUCGAGUGGGAGAUAAUCGAGGUGGAGCUGAGCGGUCUGGGUGCGGAUGGUGAGCUCGGCUUCGAGCUGGCUGGCGGCCGCGAGGAGCCAUACUACCCCAAUGACACCAGCGUCUAUGUCACCGCUGUCAAGAAGGGCUCCAUUGCUGACGGCAAGAUCAGAGUGCUGGACCGCGUGGCGGAGGCGUGCGGCGCGUCUGCGUGGGCGCGGGGCGGGGCGUGUGCGGCGGCGCUGCGGGGCGCGCUCGCGUGCGGCGCCGCGCUGCUGCGUCUGCAGCGGGCGCGCUAUCUGCGCCGUCUCGUGCGACUCGCCGGCGGCGUCGCGCUGCACCACGGUAUUUUCGUAAGCAAAAUAGCGUGCGGUAGUGCCGCGGCCAAGGAGGGUAACAUUUACGUAGGAGACCGAGUUGUAAGCAUAAACAACCGUUCACUAGAGGGCGUGAAGAGCGUGUCGGAGGCGAUGGCGAUGCUCAACGACUGUCAGUACGACUCUGUGCUGCUCACCGUGCUGCGCCCACUCUACCCCUGCUGCGACCCGCGCAACAGGUUGCAGUCGUAUGAGCACUCGUAUGCAGACAAAAUGGUGAACUUCUCAUCACAAACAGAGGAACCAUGUUCACAGUUUCUACCUCCACAUGAUCCUAAGGUGCACAUCGACCACGGCGUGGCGGACUUUGAGCGGCGCUACGUGUACCACGUGGCCGCGCCCAGCCACGGCAGCCAUCCCAAGAUACACCACGAGAGAGGCACAUGGGACAUGAUCCGCGGCAAGAUCGAGGCUGUCACCGGCAGGACCAAGUCCAAGGACAAACAGAACAAGGUGCCCGAAUCAGACGCGAUCGCAGAGCUGGACUCUGUCAUCGACAGUUACCACGGCAAGACUAUAAAAGAAACUAGCAGUGUACUAAAACGUUCCCGGCGGAAAAAUAAAGAAUCACAAAAUGAUACCAAGAACGGCGGCACGUGGCCGAAGGCUCGCGCUAACUUCAUUCUAGAAGAAAACUCGACUGGCACCAUCGUGCAGCCUCGCUCUCGCAAGGAGCGGCCGCCCCUCUCCAUCCUGCUCAGCCCCCCCACAAAACUGCCGCCGGAGCCUCAGCGCUCCAACGCCAACAGAAACUCCAACCCCAUCCCCCUCGGACAUCUGCCCCUCACGCAGCUCACCGCGCCCGCCAGGCACUCCGUCUACAAGUCCAUCGAGUCCUCCCCCGCCAUUGAGCACUUCCCCAAGCCCGCCCCCCUCGCCAUACACAACCCCUUCGCCUCGCCCACCAACAUCGCCUUCGACAAGAACAGAACCUUGGAAAAGGACAAGAUAUCCAUCAGCGAUUACGAGCACGACGUCACACCUAACAGGCUCAGCCUGGUUCUGAACCCCUCCGACGACUCCCUGGAUUAUCAGCCGGCCAUCAGAAAUAGAACGAAAAGCCCCCACUCCUUAGACUUCAUGGUGAACAAGGGACCGAGUUCGCUCGACUUCGUCACGCGGAAGUCGCCGAGUUCCUUGGAUCAUGCGAUGAAAAACCAUUCGGGCAAAGAUAUCCUCGACCAGUACUAUUCGACAAAAAAGUCAUCUCCCAAGACGGUCACCAAGUAUCCCUCCGACAGCGACAGCUUCGGGCCCGACAGCCUCAACAGCACCGCCAACUUCCCCAUGGCGGGGACGCUGCCCUCGCAGUCGCGUCUCCAGUCGCAGUACUAUAGGGGCCCUUUCGUCAAUUCUAACCCGCACACUUCCAAUAGGUACACGCAUCUAUCCAGCCCCACCGACAUCCCGCAGAGCCAGUCCGGCGAGAGCAUCGGCACCAGCUACGACAUGCACUCCUUCACCUCCCACACCCACAACAUGUCCGACAUCCAGCCCGUGGCCCGCGUCAACAGGGACUACCACCACACCUACGAGGGCGGCACCUUUCCCAGGAAAAAGGAGAACCAGAGGUUUCGAAUACCGUCCAACCCGAGUGUGACCUCAAAAAACUCCGCGGGGAAGCUGAGCACCGGCUCCAUCGAGAGGAGCUCCGAGAGGAAUUCCCCGAUGCCCACAUUUCACGUGGAAGUCCUGAGCCCGGGGCGGGGGGCGAAGCAGCUCACGCACAAGGGCACCAGGAACUCCAUGCCCGAGUACUGCGGCCUCGGCUGGAACAAGCCGCUGCCCGGCGAGCUGCGCAGAGUGCACAUAGACAAGAGCCAGCAGCCGCUCGGCAUACAGAUCUCGUGCCCGCCCAGCAGCGGGGGCGUGUUCGUCUCCACCGUGAACGAGAACUCCCUGGCCAGUCAGGUCGGCCUGCAGGUCGGCGACCAGCUGCUGGAAGUCUGCGGAAUCAACAUGAGGUCGGCCACGUACACGCUGGCGGCGAGCGUGCUGCGACAGAUAGGGAACUCCAUAACCAUGCUAGUCCAAUACAGCCCCGAGAAGUACAAGGACGAGAUGGAGGUGCCGGGCAGCUCCUCCUCGGGGGAGAGCUCGCACGACGACGAGGUGUCGCUGUCCGGCUCCCCCACGCCCCGCAACUCGCCGGGGCCCCAGCAGUCCCUGCGCAUGGACGUCCCCUCCACUGACGUCGCGACCCUCCGCCAGUCGCAGAGCAGCAAGGACGCUCCCAGGUUCCUGCUCAUAGAGAUGCGGAACUGUUCCGACCUCGGUAUAAGCCUAGUGGGGGGCAAUGCCGUGGGCAUCUUUGUGCACAGCGUGCAGAUCGACUCCCCCGCCUACAUAGCCGGCCUCAGGACCGGCGAUCAGAUCCUGGAGUACAAUAACGUGGACUUGAGGCGGGCCACCGCGGAGCAGGCGGCCCUGGAGCUGGCCAAGCCGGCAGACAAGGUGAGUGUGGUGGUCCGUCACGACUUAGCACAGUACCAUGAAAUAAAGGACAAGCCGGGCGACGCGUUCUACAUUCGCGCGGGAUUCGACCGCUGCGCUAAAAUCACCUCAAUAGGCAUGGACACGAUAGACGAGUACUCUCUAUGGUUCAGGAAGGACGAGGUGCUGUUUGUGGACAACACGCUGUUCAACGGCGCCCCGGGCCUGUGGCGGGCUUGGCAGCUCGACGGCAAGGGCAUGAAGAGGCAUUGGGGCACUAUACCCAGCAAGUUUAAAGUGGAGGAGGUGCUGCGGCGGUCUACGGGCGCGCUGGACAGCGAGGCGCAGCGGCGCGCGUCCAGCACGGCGCGGCGCUCCUUCUUCCGCCGCAAGAAGCACCGCGACAGCAAGGAACUCGCCUCCUUCUCCAACACCGAGCUCGGCUGCUGGAGCGACUCCGGCACGCUCGCAGAGGACGUGCCCCUCUCCUACCAGCGCGUCGAGCGACUGCAUUACGGCAGCCAGCGGCCGGUGGUGGUGGUAGGACCGCUGUGGGAGUGCGUGGCCGGUAAGCUGGUGACGGACUGGCCUCAUGUGUUUGCUCGCGCUCGUCCAGACCCUCGCGCUAUCCGCGACCGUGCUGACAAGGGUAUACACUGUAUUCUAGAUAUAAGCGUGUCGACGAUUGAAAAGCUCCACAAGCAUCAAAUAUACCCUAUUGUGCUGUUCAUAAAGUUCAAAUCGUUCAAGCAAAUCAAAGAGGUGAAGGACACGCGAUACCCGGCCGAUAAAGUGUCCGCGAAAGCAGCUAAAGAGAUGUACGAGCACGGACUGAAAGUUGAGAACGAAUAUAGGAAUUAUAUUUCUGCGGAGAUCCCGGCGGGCGUGAACAUCGCGUACAUGUGCACCCAGAUCAAGGAGGCCGUGGAGGAGGAGCAGAACAAGACGCUGUGGGUGCCCUCCGUGCAGGCCUGACCCCUGCCCCCCGCGCCCGCACCCCCAGCGCCCGCCC